AACCAUCGCGCAUCGGAGGAAAGCACGUCUUACAAGGGCACGUUCAAUGCUCCCAUUAGAGCUGUAGUUUCCAGCAACGGUAGACCACAAUCUGUAGGAAUGGUACUGAAGCAUACGACAACGAGAUCGCCUGUAGUCGAAAUGGUGGAUGACUCGGACCUUUUGAAGCCGGCGCGUCGAUUCUGUCACAUGCUGUUGAUUUUCUGGAGAGGGCGAUCCCUUUUAUACUCAUCACCGUAUACGUUCCCAUUUCCUGAUCAAACACUACAGCCUUCGCAAAAUGAUAUAAGCAAUCAGAUUCCGUUAUCAGAGCAGCGAUUGUUUCUUCCGGCUCGUGACGCCGUUAUUCCAUCGGCAGCCGUUCCAGCCAAUCCAGCAAACAACGCCAGAAAUGCCAUGGCACUCGAUGGCUACGAUACGAACCUAGCACGAUUUGCUGGCGGUGUAGCUAACAGUGUGAUGCUGCCCUCUGUCCCGGCUGUACCUGUGCAAGGACUGGAGCCUAACAAGCCCUUCCAUCACAAUCCCCUUUUAACAAAGUCUAUUCGCCCACAAAGGCCCCAAUACAGGACCUAUCCUGACCACAGGUAA